AACACUGGCCAGAGACAGAAAAUCAUUGAAGAAUGAAAAAAAAGGUGAAGAUUUCUUUGACAUAUACGCUAAACUGUUAUUUACAUUUAUAUUGAAAAGUUUGCAUCGCUUCGGAAGUUCGAUAUUACUUUAAUUUCCAAUAUUGGUGUUUUAUUAUGAAUAAUGCCGAUUUUAACGACGAAAGUGAUUCUAGUGAUGAAGACUAUAUUCCUCAAGGAAAACUAGAAGAGGUACUAUCAGAAGUCGACAGUGAUGGAGAUCCGGAGGACCCCAUAUCGGAAUCCGAAGAAUCAACCAGUAGAAACAGAAAACGAAAGAAAUUGAAUAAAGAAAGGCCUAUAACUGUGAGAAGAAGUGAACCAAAGGAGUCAGGUAGCAAAGAAAAUGAAGAAGAGGAAAUCAAAGAAGAAAAACAGCAGAAUAUUGAUGAUAUAUGGGCCGAUUUCAUGAAAGAUACAGGAUUCAAAUCCAAAACCUCCAAAGGUGGAAUCUCAGAAAGUUCAAAAAAUGAAAAAAAGUGUAGUGGUGUAGCUCAUUCGUCAUUAAAAGAAACACUUAAGAGGCCUCAAGAAAAAGUGAAAGUGACACAAAUAUUUGAAUUUGCUGGCGAAGAAGUUAAAGUUGAAAAAGAAGUUUCAGCAGAUUCUGCAGAAGCUCGUUUGCUUAGGAAACCUGAUGAUAACAGUCUACCGAAAUCCAACAGGGGCAAACGAAAUGGGGGAUUGAGUGGUAUUAGCAACGUCUUAAGUCAGCUCUCUAAAAAACCCAAAAUAAGUACUUUAGAGAAAACCAAAUUAGAUUGGGAUAAUUUCAAAAAAGAAGAAAAUAUUGAAGAAGAGCUUCAAACUCACAAUAGGGGCAAGGAUGGAUAUUUGGAACGACAAGACUUUUUACAGCGAGCAGAUUUGAGGAGGUUCGAAAUCGAAAAGAAUGUCAGGUCCAUUGAAAGGAGUAAACGGUUUAAUAGUACGCUUUAAGUAGAGGGUAUAAAAUAUCAAGCUCAGUAUUGUGAUCUAUGUAUUUAUUUUUACAUUCCGAAUUGUUAUUUUACAUUCUGAAUUGUUUCAGUUCAUAAACAACCAUCUACACGUUAUUUGCAUCAUGUAUGACUAAAGUGUAUAUGACUCUCAUUAAACUGUAUUUAUUGUAUAAA